AUGCUCCAGGGCCGCAGCAAUUCAGUAUCGCUUCACGACACGGCUUCGCGUCUCUCUACGUCCGUGUACCUGCAGACACCUGGCCUGAGCGUGAUGCAGGCCGCGUUGGUCGCAUUCAAUUCUGCAGUUGGCUGCACGGUGGCGCUGAUUGGGUAUUAUCCCAAAGCAUGUGGGUGGCAAGCCUUCGCGGUGAUCUUGUUCGCGGUUUCCGUGACGGCAAUUCUGCAGCAAAGUGCCAUGAUCUCUACGAGCUGCCAGCUUGGAGCCGGAACCUUCGAUGAGCUCUGCCAACCUCUCCCAGAUUGGUCCGCCAAGGUUACAGUUGCAAGUUUUCUGAUAUACUUCUGGGGCUGCGCUGGCUUUUACUGCCAAUUCGUCGAGGUCUUCCUGGCUGACCAGGUCUGCAAAGUAAUGUGUGAGAGCGACAUCUCAUGGCUGUGCCAAAGUGAAUAUCGCCUUGGUUUCCUGGUAUUUGUUUUCUUCUCGCUGGUGAGCUGGCCACCACAGCUGGGUGGGACCGUCGCAGUCUGCAUCAAUUAUGUGAAUUUCUGUGUCAAAUGGGUUGUGAUUGUCACAGCCGUCGUCAAAGGCAUCUAUACGGCCACUGCUGUGGAAGGAGAGAGGAGUUACACAGCUUUUGUACCUGGCGGUGUUGUGCGCACGAUUGUCAUGUUGAUGGGCUCCUACGCAAACACUGGCAUCAUGCCGCAAAUAGCUUCGGAUGUCGACAAGUCGCAGCAGGAAAGAGCAGCAAAGUUGUGCCCUGUCAUGGCAGUGAGUUUGCAGUUCCUUGUCUACAUGGUCCUGGCGUACAGCGCUUAUUUCGCCCUUGGUGAUGACAUCCAGCCGACAGUCUUCGCCACAUACAACCAACUGUAUCCAGAUGUCAUGACAACUAUUUUGCAGAGUGGUAUGGCUCUGCUCACCUAUUUCUCAUCCCCGCUGCUCAUCCUCCCCCUCAAGGCCCAGAUAUAUGGGCUUCUAUUCCCUGCGAGCGAUGGCGAGAGUGCCGACCUGACCAAAGCCCCAGCCAGCUUGCAGGGUGGUCUGACUUUAAUCUUGGCCUUCACGGGAGCCAUGGCUCCCUGCGUUGUGGGCCCCGAGGCGUUCACAAAAUUCGUUUUCUUCCUGACCUGCACCUGUGGGAACUGGCUGAACUUUUUUCUGCCUGCCAUGGUCGUGCUCUACUGCCAGGUACUAUCUCCCGGCUACCAAGGCAAUAAGUGGCUGCCAAUCUUCCUCUGCUGCUGGCUGUUCUUCCUUGGUGGCCUAGGCCUCAUUGAUGCUGGGUUCCAGAUUCAGGAGACACUGUCUCAGGAAAAAGAAGCUGGUCGGGACUCUCUCGCCACCCGCUGCGCAGAAUGGAGGUUGCCAAAGACGCCGACUCGAUGGCUGCAUGACUGA